CAGCACCUUUAGCAAGUACAUCCUCACGGGCUUGGCGCCCGACUGCAGCGUGGAUGGCACCUCGUACAGUGUGGAGCUCCACUUCCACGACAUGGCCAUCCAUCGGUUCCUGGGAUUCCCGGCUGGCAAGGCCAGCGCGAUCAAGAUCAGCAGCGACCGCAAGUACGCCAAGCUGGUCCUGACGCCCCUCCUGAGCCUCUCGGAUGGCACUCUCAUCAUCCGGGACGCCACCCUGCGCACGUGAGUCCAUGCGGGAAAAGGUGGCAGCUCUCAAAGCCUGCUGACAACCCCUGCUGUGCCCCUGCUAAAAACACGCAAUGCCCAGAGUGUGCACCUUAAGUCCUUGCCUAAUUCACACACCUAAACGGCGCAGCAUUCCAACAACCGCCCUCCCCGCCACCCCACCCACCCCACCCACGGCCAGUUACAACAACCACUCGUACAUCUACAUCCGUGAGUUCCAAAAGGUCGCGGAUGAAGAUGCGGGUGACGCCCAUGGCAGCCAGCACGCUGCCGCCUCGGAGGAGGCCGCCGCCAGCGACGGCUCCAUGGACUGCUCGGACAGCGGCCACCACAGUGGCGCCGUGGACCUGGCAAGCAGUGAGGAGCAGCAGCACACGGCGAGCGGGGACGAGGGUAGUGAUGGCGUUGGGGGGGACACGGACGAGGAUGUGUCCGAUGUAGAUGACGAGGAGGACGAGAGGGCCAGCAGCAGCAGCAUGGCGGCGUCGGAAGAUCCCGUGGAGGACACGGACACUAGUGAGGGAAGCAGUGAUGAGGAUGGGGAUGCAGAUGGAAGUGGCUCUGCCUCGGAGGGCGGCGAGGAGGACACUGACGAUGACAGCACCUAAAUGCAUGCACACAACAUCCUAGGGCCCGCCUGAGCGGCUGAUGGAAUGGGUGUUGGGCACAUGCAACUAGGCGGGGGUGGUGCUGCGGGUACCGGGCAACUGACAGCUAGGACAAAGGGGGGAAGGGCCCGAACCUGUACCUGUACUGGGAGGGUGGAUCACAC